AUGUUAGGAUUUUGCCGCAUGCCACGGAGCGGCUUCAGCGCAGCUGUUCUUGUUUUGUUUAUUUUCUUCGUCGCAUAUCACAUCAUCGAAACGGAUAUUGGGUCGGCGCCGCACCCCAUCCGACGACUUGUUCAGAAGGCCGGUGAUGAGAGGGAAAAGCUCCUCGCGAGACAGUCCCGGUCCUUGGAGGAAGCCGUGAACGAAUACCGCAGGAAGUACAAGGUUGCGCCGCCGCCCAAUUUUGACAAGUGGUACGAGUUUGCCAGGGCGAGGGAUGUCGUCCUCAUUGACGAGUUUGACGCGAUUCACGAGAUGCUUGCGCCGUUCUGGGGCCUGAAGCCGGCGACGAUCCGAAAGAGGGCGGUGGAGGCGCUGGGGUACGAGAAUUACCUCAUUGGUAUCUUGAUCCGCAAUGGAACGGUUGCGCACCAGCAAGGUGGCCGGCCCUGGGAGAGGAAGGCUCUCCCCAAGAUGCUUGGCAAGUUUGUCAAGUAUUUGCCGGACAUGGACCUCGCGUUCAACGCUCUCGAUGAGCCGCGCGUGGCGUUGCAGCACGACGAUCUAGCCCGCCUCCUUGCCAAGGCCGAGACGGCGAAACUAGCUACCUCUAAGGGAAAGCAGGCGCUCUCCAAUGGCUUCACCCGGGCGGCGGAGCUUGGAAACGGCAAUUCGAUCCGAGAAGUCGCCGUAAGCCGCUUCUUCAACCUGGGGAAAAGGUCGGCCUGGGCAACGGCCCGUAUGAGCUGUUCACCAGACAGCCCUGCGCGCUCCCUCGAAGAAGAGGAUGAUGAGAUGACGGACGACACAUCCAGGUACUGCUCGGAAGGCCCGUUGUGUUUCGUCUCCGACGUGACGGCCUUUAGCGAUAUUUGCUCGAGCCCUUCCUUUCGGAAAAUGCACGGCUUCCUCGACAGCCCGCUUUCGUACGUGGUCACGCACGAUCUCGUCCCCAUCUUCUCUCCGUCGAAGCUAUCUACCUACUCCGAUAUUGUGUUCCCUGCGCAUUGGUACUGGGCGGACAGGGUGCCUUAUAACGCCGAGGACGACGAGCCUUGGGAGUCCAAGACCCCAGAGCGCUUCGUGCAGAAACUAAACACCCUCUCGGAUGACGUCCUCACCCUGAGCGCACCCGCGAGUGACAACUCCACCACCAAUACCGACCCCGAGACCCCUUGGACCGCCGAGAAAUCCACCAUCGAGUCCCACGCACACCUUCUCAACGUCUCCUUCUCCCAAGUCGGUCAGUGCGAUCCGGGCGACUGUUCCGCCCAACGCGCCGUGUUCGACCUCGCUCCCGUUGCCCCGCAGAAUAACGCCUGGGGGUUCAAGUACCUGUUGGAUCUCGAUGGCAACGCCUUCUCCGGCCGUUUUCAGGCCUUCCUUCGCAGCAACAGCCUCGUUCUCAAGUUCGCCCUGUUUAGGGAAUGGACCGGCGGGUCUGGCGGCUGGCUGGCGGCUUGGAGGGAUUACAUCCCGCUGUCCCUCCACGGUGAUGAGUGGAUUGAGACGGUACGCUACCUAGCGGAGGAAGAGGAGGGGAAGCGCGUUGCCGAAGAGAUGGCAUCGAAUAGCAGCGAGUGGGCGAGGAAGGUUUUGCGGAAGGAGGAUAUGGAGGUUUGGUUCUUCAGGCUGUUGCUGGAGUACGGGAGAGUGGUGGAUGACAAUCGAGAGAGCAUUGGCUUUACUAUAUGA